CAAAAGACGCGAGAGCCGGUAUAUGCCAAAGAAUAGAAGUGAAAGAGCUCUCACUAGUCACUAGUGCGCAUUCAAUGGAGAGCAAAAGGGAAGAAAGUCCCACAUUUUUCGUAGCGGUACAUGUUGGUGCUGGAUUUCAUGCUCCUUCCAACGAGAAGCUGCUUAGGUCCGCCAUGAAUCGCGCUUGUCUUGCCGCUGCCGCCAUCCUUAACUUGGAUACUGGUGAAUGUGUUGAUGCAGUUGAGGCCGCGAUUCGAGUUCUGGAGGAUGAUCCCAGCACAAAUGCAGGCCGUGGUUCAAAUUUGACAGAAGAUGGUCAUGUUGAAUGUGAUGCUAGCAUCAUGGAUGGUACUUCUGGGGCAUUUGCUGCUGUUGGAGCAAUUCCAGGUGUUCGAAAUGCCAUUCAAAUUGCUGCUUCCUUAAUGGAGGAACAAAAGAUAGGGCCUUCAUUGCUUGGUCGAUUGCCUCCAACAUUUUUAGUUGGUGAAGGUGCUUACAAGUGGGCAAAGUCAAAGGGUAUUAGUUGUGCGGAAACAAUAGAAGAGGCUGAAAAGUGGUUAGUGACUGAAAGGACCAAAUCACAAUGGCGCAAAUAUAAAACAAUGCUUGAUGCUGCCAAGGCUCGUUUAGGAGAUUCUGAGAUGAAACCUUGUCGCAGUAUAGAUGCGGAAGACUACUCGACGAAAGAUGUUGAGUCCUCUGCAAAGGGGGUGGUGCAAGAAGACUGUAUAACAGAUACUGUUGGAGUCAUUUGUGUUGAUCAUGCUGGAAACGUUGCUUCUGGAGCAUCUAGUGGUGGUAUUGCAAUGAAGGUCAGUGGACGUGUAGGAUUAGCAGGCACGUAUGGCUCUGGUUGUUGGGCAUCCUCAAAAGGUCCUUUUGGAUUUCCUUUCCAUGCAGGUUGUUGCACAACUGGAGCAGGAGAGUAUUUGAUGAGAGCACUUGCUGCCAGAGAGUGCUGCAUGUCAUUGUCUCUAUCACAGGCAGGUCCAGCCUCAGCUUGUAUCAAAAUUCUUUGUUCUGUUAUGGAGACUUGUAAACAGCAGGAAGCAGACAGUAGUGCUGGAAUCCUCCUUGUCCAAGCUGAGGCUCCUCUGGUGGGUAUCAAGAAAAUACCAAAGCUGAAAGCCGUAGAGAUUGCAGCCGGAUACUCCUCACAAUCCUUUGGGAUAGGUUACUUUGGAAGCUCAAUGCAAAAGCCCAAGGUGUCGAUUCUACGGAAUAAGAAACUUAAAAACACACCUGGGCAUGGGAUAGACUAUUUUGAAGCUAAAAUCAAUGUAUCAAUUGACAGCUAGAUAGAUCAUCUCUUUGGACUACCAAUUUUUCUGGAUCAAUAGUUACAAUGUAAUUUUGAAAUCGGAAAAUGUAUAACUAAUCAUCCUGAUAAUUUUGGUUAUGUGACGUUAUUGAACCAAAUUGUAGUUUUGACAGAAUAUACAUCUACACAGUGAUAUUUUACUUGUAUU